GUGAAGCUGCUUGUUGGGUCCCGCACAUGAUGCAAUGAUCUGUUCAGAUUUGCCUCACACUCAGGAACUUCAAGUCAUUGACUAGCUUUUCUUAGGAGAAACAAAUAAGCCGCAGCUUCUACUAGUAGCUGGGUCCUUGUGCUGAGGGGCAUGGAGCAUUUUGUUGGGCAGUCACAAACAUUGCAAUGCCUGGUGGAUGCCUCUUCGGGCAGGUGCCGGGUGGCCAGUGCAGGCCUGAGGGAUGCCCUGCAUUGCAAUGGAGCACAAGAGCUGCCGGAGAUCGCUCUGGCAGCCGGCCUGCUGCCGUCUCUCUCUACCACGCAGUAUGCAGACCUGGUUGCGCAGCUGCGUUCAGGCAAACAGCGCGUGGUGCGCUUCUGGUCAACGCUUCGGGCUGGGGGUUUCAGUUGCGCCAAAAUGGGUAACCUCAAUGGGACCCGCGCAAGGAACGGCUACGUGGGCCAGGAGGAGCUGGAUGCCAGCAUGGGGAACUGCAGCCUGACUGACUCGACCGGAACGCACACAGAGCCCUUGCGAGGAGACGACAGCAGAGGAGGCGCGCCUACUGCACCGUCCUUGGCUGAAGCUGCAGCGCAGCUGCAAGUCAUGGUAGAAAUGGAGCUCUGUCGAGUGGCACCUGCCAGGGGUGCUGUGGGUGCAUGUAACGGAGUGGCAGGGCUGAAGCUGGAGCGCUGUCUCGUGCUUGUGCACUUCUCGCCUGUGCCCGACAGAGCAGAGCCCGACCGGGUAGCGCAGCUGGAGGCCCAGGUGCUGGCGUUGCAGGAGCAUUACACGUACAUGAUGGACCUGCUGCCAGGGGUAGCCUGCACAAAGGACGCGCAGGGCUGCUACACGAUGGUGAACCGUGCCAUGUGCGAGCAGCUGGGCCAACCGCGCGAGGCGCUGCUGGGGCGCAGCUUCGCUGAGGUCGUUGGGGGGACGCAGGACGCAGAGCUGGUGGAGACGCUGAAGCGCGACGACCACGUUGUGCUGGAGACGGGCCAGCCGCUUGAUGUUCCCGACCUCUUCCUUCAGCCGACCAACAGCCAGGGCGGCCGCUGGUUCCGCCACGUCAAGAAGCCAUACACCACAGUGGACGGCCAGCAGGGCGUGUUUGGGUUUGCGACCGACAUCACGGAGCUGAAGGAGCUGCUGCUGCAGGCACAGAUCGCGGAGGAGGAGGCGCUGGAGAAGCAGCGGCUGCAGCUCAUGGUGGACAACAUCAACGUGAGCGCCAUCCAAGUCGACCGCUCGGGGGAUGCUGCUGACCCGCGCGUGUUCAUCAACUCGGCCAUGGAGCGCCUGGUGGGCUAUUCCCAGGAGGAGGUGCCCACGCUGUUCGCCUGGUUCCGCCUGCUGCACCAGGAUCACGACGGCAGCCAGCUGGCGGCGUACCAGGAGCGCAUGCGCCUGCUCAGGGACAGCUCCAUCACCACUCCCCCAGUCCGACUGACCGAGCUGUAUCGGAAGGACGGCAGCAAGCGGCUGUUCGAGUGUGGUGGCGGCACCCACCCCCAGGGUGAGGUCUGGGUGAUCCACGACAUCACAGAGCGCCACUCCGCGACCGAAAAGUUCGAGACCAUCUUCAACAUUGCGACCGACCCCUACCUCGUCUUCUCCGACUCCUGGUUCCUGGAGUGCAACGCGGCGGCAGUCGAGUAUCUGGGGUACGAGAGCAAGACGGACGUCGUUGGGCGCUACAUCCUGGAGUUCAGCCCCGAGUUCCAGUCCGACGGGCAGCGCUCCGCGGACAAGGCUGCGGCGCGGCUCAAGGCCACCAAGGAGACGGGCAAGGUGGAGCGCUUCGAGUGGGACCACAUUCGCGCCGACGGCGUUCCGCUGCCGACGGAGGUGUCCAUCAAGGCGCUGAGCCUGGAGGGGCGCCAGGUGUUCAUUGCCAUCUGGCACGACCUCAGGGAGCGCAAGGCGGCCGAGGCGGCGCUGCGCGCGGCCAAGGAGGAGGCUGAGGCGGCGUACGCGGCCAAGAGCCAGUUCCUGUCCAACUGCAGCCACGAGAUCCGGACGCCCAUGAACGGCGUGAUCGGUGUCGCGGAGCUACUACUGGACACACCGCUGAGCGCGGAGCAGCGCGGGUUCGUGGAGACAAUCCGGGGGUCGGGGGACCACUUGCUCAAGCUGAUCAACGACAUCCUGGACCUGGCCAAGAUCGAGGGGCGCAACCUGCAGCUGGAGACGCUGCCGUUCGGCCUGCGCGGGGAGGUGCACCAGACGCUGGCGCUGCUGGACCGCGGCGCGCGCGACAAGGGCCUCGCGCUGGGCGUCCACGUCAGCGACGACGUGCCGAACGAAGUGGUGGGGGACCCCAUGCGGCUGCGCCAGAUCCUGCUCAACCUGCUCAGCAACGCGCUCAAGUUCACGGACAGCGGCGGGAUCCAGGUCGCCGUGCGGCUGGUCGGGGAAGGGGCAGCCGGGGUUGAGAGCUCAAACCAAGCUGAAGGAGGCUCGAGGGGCCUGAAACUGGAGAGGCAGAAGUCGGAUGCAGCGCGGCGAAGUGGAGGGGUUGCGAAUGGAGUGGGGACGAGCAGGCCGCUGGGUGAGGCCGGUCCGGAGGAGGCGGGCGUGGCGCUGCAGUUCGAGGUGCGGGACACGGGGGUGGGCAUCCCGGAGGAGGCGCAGGAGCGCAUCUUUAAGGCGUUCAUGCAGGCCGACAGCAGCACCUCGCGGCGCUACGGGGGCACCGGCCUGGGGCUGUGCAUCAGCCAGAGCCUGGUGCACGCGAUGGGAGGGCGGAUCUGGUGGCGCAGUGCGGUCGACCAGGGCACGUCCUUCUUCUUCACCAUCCGACUGGGGCUGCCCGCCCCCCGCGGGGGGCCUGAGGCGCAGGCCCCAUCCGCAGAGGCCGCCAGCGCAUCCAGCGGGAGCGCCCCGCUGCUUGCCGACCCGUCUACUGUGGCCGGCAGCCUGUCCCCGCUGCGCAUCCUGACCAAGGACACACUGCGCAGCCUGCACGUCCUGGUAGCAGAGGACAACACGGUGAACCAGAUGGUGGCCAGCCGCAUUCUGCGGAGCCUGGGCUGCGAGUUCGUGGUGGUGGACAACGGGCGAAAGGCGGUGGCGGCGUGCCGCGAGGGCCGCUUCGACGUGGUCCUCAUGGACUGCCACAUGCCGGAAUUGGACGGGUAUGAGGCCACUCGUCAGAUACGGAUUGACGAGCUGACGCACGGCCGGCGGCACCUCAUCAUUGCCCUCACUGCGUCCGCCCUGGAGGACGACGCGCAAAAGUGUUUGAGAGCGGGGAUGGACAGCUUCCUGUCGAAACCGGUCCGCCCGAACGACGUCAGGGCAGCCAUAGAAGGUCAUUUAGCGACGGCCAAGGUGGACUGUCUCGUGUCUCCUACAUCACCCUUGACGCGCAGGUUGGAUUAGAGCGAGCCUAGGCUGGGGUUUACGAGUGUGCUUACAGUGUAUAGCUUCGAUACCGCGGGUUGAGUUAAAAUCUUGUGCUAAUCUCCAUUAGCAACCUAGAACAAAGCGCAGAGUGCAGCUAGCAGUCUGCGCGAAGAGUUCCCGGUCCGUUUGGUGUGAUGAGCUCGUCAUACCAAACGUGACUUGGUUGCGUUUGGGCAGCAACAGCUUUGUAUGCAUUGCUAAGGCUCAAGGCAAGAAACAGUGGCAGAACUUAUUUGAAAACGGUCAACUGGAACGCCAGUUUCGUGCAUGUCGCUGCAUCAUAGGACAAGGUAUAGGGGUUGUAAGCGGAGUUUGAAUGCAGGCUUAGUGCAUGUUGAGGGGCCCUGAGGGGCAAACUGACUUGAGCUACUAGUCUGAAAUUGGGAUUGACAGUCACAGGUCCGAAUCAGAUGUUUGAAAAUCUAUCAAGAUUGUGUCAACUUAGGUGCUU